GAGCCCUCAUCAUGAGGAGUAGCCCUUAUAAAAGAGGGCUCAGAGAGCCGCUUGCCUCUUCCACCAUAGUAGGACACAGUGAGAAGGCACCAUCUACCAACCAGAGAGUGGGUCCUCAGCAGACACUGAAUCUACCGGUGCCUUGAUCUUGGACUUCCUAGCCUCCAGAACCAUGAGAAAUUUAAACAGUCAAGUAAAAUCAAGCUGGGUAAUCAUGGCAGAAGGUGGAUUUGAUCCCUGUGAAUGUGUUUGCUCUCAUGAACAUGCAAUGAGAAGACUGAUCAAUCUGUUACGGCAGUCCCAGUCCUACUGCACAGACACAGAGUGUCUUCAGGAAUUACCGGGACCCUCUGGUGAUAAUGGCAUCAGUGUUACUAUGAUCUUAGUGGCCUGGAUGGUUAUUGCAUUGAUCUUGUUCUUACUGAGACCUCCUAAUCUAAGAGGAUCCAACCUACCUGGAAAGCCAACCAGUCCUCAUAAUGGACAAGAUCCACCAGCUCCUCCUGUGGACUAACUUUGUGAUAUGGGAAGUGAAAAUAGUUAACACCUUGCACGACCAAACCAACGAAGAUGACCAGAGUACUCUUAGCCCCAUUAGAACUGUUUUUCCUUUUGUAUCUGCAAUAUGGGAUGGUAUUGUUUUCAUGAGCUUCUAGAAAUUUCACUUGCAAGUUUAUUUUUGCUUCCUGUGUUACUGCCAUUCCUAUUUACAGUAUAUUUGAGUGAAUGAUUAUAUUUUUAAAAAGUUACAUGGGGCUUUUUUGGUUGUCCUAAACUUACAAACAUUCCACUCAUUCUGUUUGUAACUGUGAUUAUAAUUUUUGUGAUAAUUUCUGGCCUGAUUGAAGGAAAUUUGAGAGGUCUGCAUUUAUAUAUUUUAAAUAGAUUUGAUAGGUUUUUAAAUUGCUUUUUUUCAUAAGGUAUUUAUAAAGUUAUUUGGGGUUGUCUGGGAUUGUGUGAAAGAAAAUUAGAACCACGCUGUAUUUACAUUUACCUUGGUAGUUUAUUUGUGGAUGGCAGUUUUCUGUAGUUUUGGGGACUAUGGUAGCUCUUGGAUUGUUUUGCAAAUUACAGCUGAAAUCUGUGUCAUGGAUUAAACUGGUUAUGUGGCUAGAAUGGAACAGAGAAAAAAAUGAAAUGGUUGUUUACUAAUUUUAUACUCCUAUUAAAAAUCUCUAAUGUUAAGAAAACCUUAAAUAAACAUGAUUGAUCAAUAUGGCAGAUGAUUUACAGUCCAUUAUAUGACAUUUAUAAGCCACUCAACACUAGCCUUACAAGGUUCAUGAAAGGAGGAAAACAUUAAUUCUUUCUGCCUUUGCUGGUAUAAUCCACAUAGUAAUAAUUUAAGCUAUAAUUUAUUUUUAAAAUGAGUGCCUCUUGGGAAGCUUCUUUUCUGUUCUAACACUUCCCUGUUAAAAUGAAAAUCUUAGGCCGUUGCGGUGGCUCACACCUGUAAUCCCAGCACUUUGGGAGGCCGAGGUGGGUGGAUCACUUGAGGUCAGGAGUUCGAGACCAGCCUGGCCAACAUGGUGAAAGCCCAUCUCUACUAAAAAUACAGAAAAAUUAGCCAGGGUUGGUGCAUGUGCCUGUAAUCCCAGCUACUCAGGAGGCCGAGGCAGGAGAAUUGCUUGAACCCGGGCAGUGGAGGUUGCAGUGAGCCAAGAUCGCACCACUGCACCCCAGCCUAAGCGACAGAGCAAGACUCCCUCUCAAAAAAAAAAAAAAAAAAAGAAAAGAAAAGAAAAUCUUAAAGCUGUAUUAGGGCCUGUUAGGUUACUGACAUUUGAAUGCCUAUUUACUUAUUUACUACGUUGAGUCUUUUUUUAUCCUCUGACCUAUAAAAAAUUUUAAUAAAUUACUGGUUUACUUCAAGGGAAAAGAAGGAAAAUGAGAAACAAACAUCUUUUUUUCACUCCUUAUCUCAUUACUGUUUGGUGAUGGGAUGGAUUGGGGUAGGAAGGAAUGUCAAUAUGAGAGAAAUUUUCAAAUGUAUAAAAAAGUAAAAGGUUGUAUUGUUUUGCUCAGUUUGAAAUAAAGUGAAUACCAAUAGCACUUAAAAAUGUCUGCAUGGGCUGGGCACGGUGGCUCACGCCUGUAAUCCCAGUACUUUGGGAGGCCGAGGCGGGCGAAUCACCUGAGGUCAGGAGUUCGAGACCAGCCUGAUCAACAUGGUGAAACCUCGUCUCUACUAAAAAUGCAAAAAUUAGCCAGGUAUGGUGGUGUGUGCCUAUAAUCCCAGCUACUAGGGAGGCUGAGGCAGGAAAUCGCUUGAACCUGGGAGACGGAGGUUGCAGUAAGCUGAGAUCGCGCCACUGCACUCCAGUCAGGGCGACAGAGCGAGACUCUGUCUCAAAAUAAAUAAAUAAAAAUGUCUGCAUGACCCAUGUGGUUAUGAAGUUUUUUUCCUAGCAAAUGAUUACAGAUUAUUUAUGGGGGCUAGAAGAUAUUUUGCUAUCAAUGUAAGGAUUUUUUUUCCCCUUAGGUCAGUCUAUUCACUGUUUAGAUCUGAUAAAUUACUUCUAUGAAUUGAAUAAAUUCUCUGUAUCAUUGUACUGUUUAAUAGUCUCUGACACAGGCCGGGCGUGGUGGCUCACGCUUGUAAUCCCAGCACUUUGGGAGGCCGAGGCGGGCGGAUCAUGAGGUCAGGAGAUCGAGACCACGGUGAAACCCUGUCUCUACUAAAAAUACAAAAAAUUAGCCGGGCAUGGUGGCGGGCGCCUGUAGUCUCAGCUACUCGGAGAGGCUGAGGCAGGAGAAUGGCAUGAACCUGGGAGGCGGAGCUUGCAGUGAGCCGAGAUUGCGCCACUGCACUCCAGCCUGGGCGACAGAGCUAGACUCUGUCUCAAAAAAAAAAAAAAAAAAAAAUAGUCUCUGAUACAAUUGUGAUACUCAUAAGGUAUUUUUUCCCCCUUUAUUAUUAUUACAUUCUAGAUCAUAAACAUUGUAAGGGCAUCUUUUCAUUAUAUAAUCCAAUAUUGAUUGUUUGAAUUCCUCCUUGUACAUCCUGGCUUUGUGCUUAAUUUCUUGAAAUAAUAUAACCAACUCUAAAUUACUUGUGUUGAUAGAUGGGUAACAUAACACAGGUAAGUUAAAUCUUGGAUAAAUGAGCCCCACAGACUGAAGGUUUUUCCUCUUGCUGUGGCCUACUGGAAGCCUUCCUAACUCUGUAGCUGGUAAAGUACAGCAGAAAGGGCCAGAAUGGCUUAAGAUGGAGCUAAAUCCCUAUAGCAUUCCAUUUUCUGCUCUUGCCUCUUGAACUUAAAAGGCUUGCCCAUAUAUCCUAACAAUCUGUUCUCUGAGCUGCUAGAAGGCCAAUCCCUGGCAAGAGAUAUUGAUGUAGUCACUGAAUCUAUGGCUCACAAAUAAUUGAAAAUUGGCUUUGGGAGCUGGGCGCAGUGACUCAUGCCUGUAAUCUCAGCACUUUGAGAGGCUGGGGCGGGUGGAUCACUUGAGGUCAGGAGUUUGAGAUCAGCCUGGCCAACAUGGUGAAACCCCAUGUCUACAAAAAAUACAAAAAUUAACUGGGUUUGGUGACACGGCCUGUAGUCUUAGCUACUCGGGAGGCUGAGGCAGGAGAAUCGCUUGAGCCUGGGAGACAGAGGUUGCAGUAAGCCAAGAUGAAAUAUUCUUGUUGACCUAGUAAUUUAUAUUAUUCUAUUUAAUUCUUAAAGCUUCUACCUAUGGCCUUUUUAUUGAGCACACUCUUAAAUCAUUAUUUGGCUUGUAAACAUUCAUCUGAAUUGCUACAAUCCUUUUUAAAUAAUCUAGGAAAAAAGAAAGAUAAAGGUUACAUUUUCACAGUUUUGGCUCUUAAACACAUUCCACAAAUGCCAUUAAUAAUUUAUUUUGUUUUAGGCCAGUCAUGGUGGCUCAUGCCUGUAAUCCCAGCAAUUUGGGAGGCUGAGGCAAGAACUGCUUGAGCCCAGGAGUUUGAGACUAGCCUGGGCAACAUAGCAAGACCCUGUCUCUACCAAAAAAAAAAAGGUUUAUUUUGUUUUAGAGUCAUUUAAUGUUUUUUUAUGCACAGUAAUAGUGGCAGGUUGUUUUGUUUCUUUCUUUUUUUUUUUUUUUUUUUUUUUGCUUUCCAUAUGGGAAAGGUUAACAUUGGAACUGUUUCUAGUAAAAGAUUUUUUUCAGGCUGGGCACAGUGGCUCAUGCUUGUAAUCCCAUCACUUUGGGAGACCGAGGGAGCCGGAUCACCUGAGGUCAGGAGUUCAAGACCAGCCUGGCCAACAUGGAGAAACCCCAUCAUCUCCACUAAAAAUACAAAAGUAGCUGGGUGUGGUGGUGCAUGCCUCUAAUCCCAGCUACUUGGGAAGCUGAGGCAGGAGAAUCACUUGAACCUGGGAGGUGGAGGUUGCAGUGAGCCAAGAUCACGCCAUUGCACUCCAGCCUGGGCAACAAGAGUGAUCUGUCUCAAAAAAAAACAAAACAAAAGAUGUUUUGCAUUUUUUUCAUGUUAUCUAUCCAAGCACUGUCCCAUGGUCAGCAAGUCAUAUUUUACAAUUUGGAUUUUCCAAAAUAAUUAUUGAAUACAGCUAUUCUAUGGUUACUUUUAAUGUUUUUGUGGUAUGUGGUGUGGGAGUGUUUAUGGAAUUACCAGUAUCUUAAAUUUUCAAAGGAACCUUGGAAGUCUAUCACUCUAAAUGAAAGUCUGUCACUACGUGAAUUAUGUGCUCAAAUUUGACCAACUCAGUUUAAGACACAAAACAGUAAUUUGAAGAAGGAAAAAUGAAGAGAGUUUAUAGUUUAAUGCGUUAAAUUUUUGUUGUUGCAAUAGUAAAUUUAGUCUUCUUAUAAUAUUUCUAAAUGAAAAAUCAUAGGUAUUUGUUACCACGUGUGAAGAUUACUUUGUUAAAAGCAAAAGUGGUUGUGUGAUAUGCUAAAUAUUAAUUACUGUUUUUAUAUGUUUAAAUCAUGCCAAACAAAUUAUGUCUGUGCCAUCCAGGGUCUGUUGUUAAUCUUUUUCUGAGUACUUGGAUUGGGAUAAAGGGCUUGUACUAUGCACUUUUUAUUAAUGAAUAAAUAGAAAACGUUAGUAACA